AUGGCCUCUGUCGAAGCCCCCGACAAGCGCCGGCGCAGGAAGCCGCUUCCUCCGCCGCCUCUGCUGCCGCUGGAGGCGCGUUUCAGCGAUUUCCCCACGGGUUCAUCCGAGUCCUCAAUGGUUCCAGAGCUACCCGCGACGUUCGACCUCACCAGUAGCACAAGCACCAGUGGCUCCAGUCGAGGCGUCAAGUGGUGGAAACGCGUGACUGGCAUGAGAGCAAAGAGACGACGCACAACCAGCCGAGAAGACAGACGCAGUCUCGACCAGGAGAUGUAUGUGAGGAGCAUUCUCGAGUCCUAUGCGUCGUCCAUGAGCUCUAAAGACAGGUACUCUACCAGCACUCCACAGUUUUCGGUGGACGACAGCAGCAGCAAUACCAGCAAGAAGAGCACUACAACUACAGAUUCAGACAGGAGAGAGAGCAGGGACUCGGGUUCACCCGCGUACAUGGCACACUUUACACCCAAUGGAGACACAGCACAGGACGAUUACCGUGUGGACAUGGACAAUCACACUCAGCCGCAUCUUACAGCGGGAGUGCCAGGACUUAGCAGUGGCUCAAGCCCUGGGCCUUAUGACGACGUCCUGGAUGACGGGCCGUUCGCUCCUAGCUCCGUAAGCGACGAUGAAGACAGGAACAGGAGGAGACUGCGGCGACGAAUGAAGAUCGAGGCCAUGCGUGCGAGGUUAUUGGAGAAAAAUCAUCAUCGAGCCAGAGCACGCAAGAAAAUGUGCAUCUUCAUCGCGUGUAUUGGCGUCACGUUGACAGCAUUUGUGGUGGCUGCAGUUUUGAUUGCCAGAGUGGGCGUGGAGAUUCAGAGCAACUCGCUGGAAAGCAGUACCAACACAACAAGCAUCAAUAGCAUCAAUAGCAGCAGCAUGUUGUCGUCGUCGGACUCGGACGAUUACAACGACUCGAGCAUUUAUUCCAACACGUACACGUACAUCCACUGCAUCCUGAUGGUCCUAUCGCUGUGGAUGUCGCUGGUCGUUGUGAUCAUGCACGUGACGUUCCGCAGUUUCCGCACAUAUUCCCAUCCGUUCGUCUUGGAGCUGAGCUGCGUGCAAUGUGGCUAUUGGAUCACGUCGUUGCUGCGGGUGAUGCUGGAGACGUCAACGCUAUCUGACAUGACGUAUCUCUUCUUCUGUAUGUUCGAGUGCUUCUUCAACUUUGCGCAGAUCUCGUUCACCUGCGCCAUCGCCUUCAAUAUGUAUCGAUCCGUGGUGUCCUACGCAGAUGUGUUGCUGGAUUCGCAGAGCGCCAAGCGUCGAUACCACCGGUACACGAUGAAUGUGUUGCUACUCUCGGUCGUGGCUGCAGUGACGUUGGCGCUGGUUGGAUACCGAUCUGGAGACACGUAUGAUUACUACGACGAGGACGCGUCAGAGUCGGGCUCAUCAUCGGAAACAGAAGAGGAGCUUCUGGACGACGAGAUCUUUUCCCCGUGUCUGUACCCGACCUGUCGACUCAUCUUGUAUGUGUACUACCCGUUGUUGGCGUUUGCCUUCAACUUUAUCUUCUACGUGCGCUUCAAGCGUACAAUUGGCGAAUCAUAUCCAACCUCAGCCACCGGGCGCCUUAACAAGGUGGCGCGAUCGUAUCUGAUCGUCUUCUUUGUCUGCUGGGGAAGUCUCAUCAUCCUCACAGCAAUGAAAGUGGCCGACUCGUCGAAUGUUCCGACCAUCGCGUCCUUCGUGAUGCAGUCCAUUUUUGAUGUGUUGGGUGUGUGUACGGCUGCAAUCACCUUCACCAACUUCCAUCGGUGCAGGAAGGCGUUCGAUUUUGGAUUGUCGCUUAAAGCCAUCGACCCCAACAGUAUCGAGUUCGACGAUCCCGUUAACAUUGUGGGUGAAGGAACGUUUGCUAUUGUGCUCAAGGCGAGAUGGCGACAAGGAGGAUACAUUGACGGCUCUGUGUCUCGGUCGAUCGAGGUGGCUGUGAAGACGUUCAAACACGCGCAAAUGGAGUGCUUGGAACACGUCAAGGAGGAGGCGUACUUGUCGUCUAAGCUGGUGCAUCCGUGUGUUAUGAUGACUUACGGCUGUUAUACCAGCGGCAUCAAUCUCUACAUCGUGUACGAGUAUCUUGGCGGUGGGACACUACAAGAUCGGAUCGAUACCAACCGAAGCGCGCCGUUUUCGUACGAGCGCGGCCUGCGUUAUGCUCACAUGAUCGCAGUGGGGAUGCGCUUCCUGCACGGUCUACCUGUGCCUAUUGUGCAUCGUGAUCUCAAGCCUCUGAAUUGCAUCUUCGACUCGGAGCAGGAGAUGCUCAAAGUGGCGGAUUUUGGCGAAUCUCGUCUGCUUCGCACUCGCGACGUGGUAGCUCCACGGCCGAAUUUCUUUCCGUCGGCCGAUGUCACUGUGCAGAUGACAACCAACAUUGGUAGUGCGUGUUGGGCAGCGCCAGAGGUGCUGAAGGACGAGGCCACGUCUGAGUACUCAGUCAAGAUCGAUGUCUACAGCUUCGGUGUCAUCUGCUGGCAGCUGUACACGUGUGCUGUGCCGUAUGCAGACAUCCCUGGGAGUGUGUUGGCAGUGGCUGAGGCUGUGCUGAGUGGUGUACGUCCGCCGAUCCCUCGAGAGUGUCCUCGACUGUUUGCAAAAAUUAUGAAGCGCUGCUGGCACGAUAAUCCCCUGCGACGUCCGAGUUUUGAAGACAUCGUGCAGUUGUUGGAGAUUGAGCUCGCUGAAGUGCGACGUCGGCAAUUGGCACGAGCUCAUGGCAGAGGGAACGACUCGGUUAUUGCUCCACCGACGCUCGAUAGCAGCAACUUUGACGACACGGGGCGUACGCAAGGAACGGAGAUUAGUUAUAAAUGA